UUUUAAAUGAAUGAAAUGGUUGAUCCAGAAUCAAAUGGGCAAACUGUUCAUGAAUGGAGUACAAAUAGAAGAUUUGUUUUUCAGUUUACUACAACGUCUUCUUCUUCCUUACCCAUAAUGGAGUUUUUGUACAUAUUAUUUUUCAUCUCCAUUUUUCUCCCUCUAACCUUUUCUCUCAACCUUGAAUCUCCUGAUCUUCAUGGAACCACUUCCAUUUCCCUUCCUACCAAUCAUACUUCUUCACUCACACACCAAAUUAUCGACCUCGCCAAUCAUCCCACCGCUGUUAAUUGGAUGAAGACCAUAAGGAGAAAAAUUCACGAGAACCCAGAACUUGCUUUUGAAGAAUUUGAAACCAGUAGGCUUAUUAGACAGGAACUUGACAAUCUUCGUGUUUCUUAUCGAUGGCCGGUCGCUGGUACCGGUGUUGUGGCUUUCGUUGGCUCUGGUUCUCCUCCCUUUGUCGCUCUAAGAGCUGAUAUGGAUGCUUUGCCUAUUGAGGAAUUGGUGGAAUGGGAACAUAAGAGCAAAGUUGAGGGGAAAAUGCAUGCUUGUAGUCAUGAUGCUCAUGUUGCUAUGCUCCUUGGUGCUACUAAAAUUCUGAAUCAACUGCGACAUAAAUUACAGGGCACUGUUGUUCUUGUAUUUCAGCCAGCGGAGGAGAAAGGAGGAGGAGCAAAAGACAUGAUAAAUGAAGGUGCGCUUGAUGGUGUAGAAGCUAUAUUUGGACUGCACGUCGUGCAUGAAUAUCCAGUGGGCGUUGUCGCUUCACGCCCCGGCGAGUUUCUUGCAGGGUGUGGAAGCUUCAAAGCAAAGAUAAAGGGGAAAGGGGGUCAUGCAGCAAUUCCACAGGAUUCAAUUGAUCCUAUUUUAGCAGCUUCGGCAGCAAUUAUAAGUUUGCAAAGCAUAGUUUCAAGAGAGAUAGACCCUUUAGAUUCUCAGCUGCAGGUGGUUUCUGUGGCCAUGGUUCAAGCAGGAACUGCACUCAAUGUCAUCCCGGAGUCCGCGACUAUUGCUGGUACCUUCAGAGCUUUCAGCAAGAAGAGCUUCAAUGCCCUAAGAGACAGGAUAGAAGAGGUCAUUAACGGGCAGGCUGUGGUGCAUCGGUGCACGGCGGAGAUUGAUUUCCUAGGCAAGGAACACCCAACAAUUCCUCCGAUGGUAAACGACGAGAAAAUAUAUGAACAUGUUCGACGUGUCUCUAUGGAAAUUGUAGGAAAAGAAAAAACAAAAGUAUCUCCACGCCUCAUGGGAAGUGAAGAUUUUGCUUUCUUUGCAGACAAAGUGCCAGGAUCUUUCUUAUUUCUUGGCACAUAUAACGAGAGAAUCGGAGCUAUACAUCCUCCACACAGCCCUCGCUAUAAAAUUGAUGAAAAUGUGCUUCCACUUGGCGCAGCAAUUCAUGCAGCAGUGGCAUAUUCAUAUCUCUUGAAUUCAUCAUCAACAUCUCAUUCUUUCUUUGACCACUGAAUAUUUGUCAGUACAUCCUAUAACUCAGUUUUUUUGUUUCCCUAUAUUCUACAAACUUGAAUAGGGAAAUUUCUUCUACUUAUUACAAGAGAGUUUUGCCUUCAA